AUGGCCAAAUUUCCAUCGUGCAUCCUGUUGACACGAGUGGGAGGAUUUUAUGAGUCAUACUUUGAUCAAGCACCUAUUCUUGCAAGUUUGGUCAAUAUCAAAUUGGCAACGAGAACAUGGGGUGGCAGAACUGUUCCUAUGGCCGGCUUCCCGAUCGUACAAUUGGAAAAAUAUUUGAAAAUGUUGGUGAUCGAUCAUAGAAAGUUGAUUGCAAUUUGUGAUGAAUUCAAAGAGAUUACCUCUUCCAUAACCGUGACACACGAUAAAAUCGUCAUCAAGAGAAGGGUGACACGUGUAGUCAGUCCAGGCACAUUGAUCGACGAAACUUUUUUGGAUCCAUUGAGUAGCAAUUGGAUCGUCAGCGUUGCAAAGGGCAAGCAUGCAAAUCAAUUUGGUUUGGCUUGGUUGGAUGUCAGUACGGCGGAUUUUGGAACAACAAUUUGUCAUGAUGAGCAAAGCAUGCGAGACGAACUGGCACGUCUGAAUCCGAUUGAAAUUGUUCUUCAGCCAAAUGUCUUUACACACAAUAACCAGAACGGCGAUAGGGAUUCAUCUGAUCCUUCAGAUUUUGUGAUCAAAGAUGGCCCGCUUUGGGAAGCCUUGGAUCCAGCAAAGGUGUACAUCUCGUUUACCUCCUUAGAGCAACAACUUGAGGAGAACUCAGAAAUGCUGAAGGAUGGAGACGAGACAGAGAAUCUUGCUGUACAGAUUCUUACUGCACACUUACGGACACGACUGUUGGACUUCUCAAUGGACAAUGUAGAAGAUUGGACCGGAUUGCCAGAAGCUGCAGGAGUGAACCGGCGCAGACGUGAUGAUGUGAUGACAAUUGAUGCAAGUACACUAUCAGCUUUGGAAAUCAGUACAACACAAAGACGCGAUGAAGUUGCUUUGAAUGCAUUCUCACAAUUGAGCACAAAAGGCAGUUUAUUAUCUCAUAUACGGAGAACGGUCACGAAAGGAGGCGCUAGAUUAUUGGCACAAUGGCUCACUUCUCCAAGCAAGUCCUUACCACUUAUUCAUCGAAGACAGGCUUUGGUCGGGCUCUUUCAUCAACAUGGCUUUAUGUCGCACGAUCUUCGCUGGACGUUGAAAAAGCGAGCAGGCGAUAUUCAUCGUGCGCUACAGCGUAUCUUGACAUCACGUAACGAUGAACAGGACCUGUUGGAAGUUCGUGAUUUCGCAAGAUUAAGUGCCGAUCUUGUACAGCAGAUCAAGACGGAGAUCAAUAUGUCAUCCCCCAUUUCCGAACAAGAAAAAGAAGGAUGGACAAAAUUGCAAGAUGUUGUCAACGCAUUUGAGGAUGUUACCCUUUUAGGUCAGAGACUAGGUGAUGCAAUAGACGAGAACGUGAUUGAGAAACGUCUUCGAGCUCAAGAAGAUCGAGCAAGGGAAAUGGAGGAAAAUCUAGCACAAGAAGAUGUUUCACGUCCGACUGGAAAUGUAUCUCUACAAAAGGUUCCCAGACGAAAACGGGCAACGGCUCCUACCCAGCAAGAUGAUGAUCACGAGCAAAGUCGACGAUGGGGUCCACCGUUUGAGCAUCUGAUCCGUCCUAAUUCAUCGGAGCAACUAAGUGUGCUCACCAAAGAGCAUCUCAUGCUUCGUCGUAAAGCUGCCAUCUUACAAAACGAGUUACGCGAAAAGUAUGGCGAGAAGAUUUCGCUACGUUUCUUGUUAGGUCAAGGGUACGUUGUUCAUGUGAGUGAUGUUCGAGAGGCAAGCAAGUUAGCACAAAUGGAAGAAGAGAUGACAUUGGCAUACAAGAGCAAAUCUACACGUACAUAUUAUCAUUCACAGUUCACACGCAUUGGCGGUCGUUUAACACGAAUCGAACAAGAAUUGCAAGAGAAAGAAGCGGUGGAGCUGCAGCGACUACGAUUGGAAGUGUUGACCGAUAUGCCGAGGAUUCGAAAGAAUGCAGCACUAAUGCAUGAGCUGGACGUUUUGGCAGGAUUUGCAACAUUGGCACAAGAGUUGAACCUUGUACGACCUGUUGUACAUGAUGGUGACGAGCUCAAGAUCGAAGGCGGUAGACACUUAGGUGUUGAGCAAUCUUUACUGCAGCCAAAAGGCAACGAUCAAUCUACAGGCACAUCAAGACCCUUUACGCCAAAUGAUAUUUAUAUGAACGCACAAAGUCGACUCCAUCUAAUCACAGGACCCAACAUGGGAGGAAAGAGUACACUUUUACGUAUGGUUGCCAUUAUUGCCAUCUUGGCACAAGUAGGAAGCUUUGUACCUGCAAAGAAUUGUUCGAUCGGCGUGAUUGAUCAAAUUUUUUCAAGAAUUGGUGCUCAUGAUGCAAUUCAUGCUGAUCGAUCUACUUUUAUGGUGGAAAUGUUGGAAGUGGCUCAAUUCUUGAGACGAAGCACCAAACGUAGCCUAAUCGUCUGUGAUGAGCUUGGACGUGGAACAUCAUACACUGCCGGAACAGCUUUGGCUUAUGCAACAGCUCAUCAAUUGGUUGCCGAUAUCCAAUGCAAGUGCUUGUUUGCAACGCAUUUGCAUGGAAUUGCCGAUUUGCUUGAAGGAGAAAAAGGCGUAGAUUAUUUUUGCACAGAUUUGGAAAAGACUGAAGAUGGCAAUGUGCAAUUCUCACAUCGUAUUCGACCUGGACUCAAUCGAGAAUCACAUGGAUUGGACAUUGCCAAAUUAGCGGGAAUGCCAGAAAAGGUACUGGAAAAGGCAAGUUCGACCUUGACACACUUGCAAGCUUUAGAGAAACACACAUAG